AUGAAGAAAGACAGUUUCCAGCAGUUAGAACUAGAGAGGAGAGGACCUUCCAAAAAGACUACUCCCAAAAGGAUUAUCUGUUUUGCUGAUGGAGACAUCAUGAAAGAAUGUAGCAUGGAGGACAAAGAGGAGGAGGAGGAAAAAAAGGAACAGAGAAAGAAUUCAACACUUGACGCUUCCAAACUUUCAUGGGGGCCCUAUCUACGGUUUUGGGCAGGACGAAUAGCUAGUGCCUCAUUUUCUACAUGUGAAUUCUUUGGUACAAGAUUUGCUGUCUUCUUUGGUCUUACUCUACCUAAAUAUCAGUUUGUGUUAAAUGAGUACUAUAGGAUACAAAAUAAAGUAUUGACAAGGGAGGUAGAAAAAAAUGGAUCAAAGACCCAGGCAGCUGAGGUUCCUAAUGAAAAGUGUCACCUGGAAGCUGGGCUGAGAUAUGGGACCAGAUGACAGGACACGGCAGAGGCCAUUCCCCAGUGGAGUGCCUCUUCUGCAGAGGACCUGGUGGCAGUUUCCAGCCCAUAA